CGCUGUAUCAGGCGGUUCCCCACCCCACCACCACCACCACCACCCCAAACACAGGCUUACACGACACGACAAGCAGAGUACCUAACGGCCUUACCUACAUCAACGGCUGCACGCACUUUUCAUUGUCAUCACCACUACCACCACUCCAGCACUGUUCUUCGCAUCGCCGUUGCGCCGUAUCGCAACUCUACCGAAGCACCUAGCUCUCUCGAGGAGCACAGGACCAGACCUUCGUCCUAUAGCUGGGGGCUACCAGAAUGGCCGGCAACAGACAGGAAAUGGUCCAAGUUGAUCGCUCCGACUCAGCUUCGCCCUUCUGGAGAAGGCCAGCGACAGCAUCGUCGACGUCACUACCAGAUUCGAGAAACCGCGAAACCCCAGCCAAUAAGGUCGUGGGUGCAUCCUAUUCGCAUGCCGACAUACUAAAGCUCGAGUCGCUUUCGAUCCGACCAAACACUCCGCCGCCCCACCUUCAACCUCCACUGCCCGCCGCAGCUUACAAUCCGGUUUCAGGUGCCGCGAGGAAGCCCGGGAAGCACUUCAAUGAAUUUAUGUCACAGACGGAUGAUGAUUGGGAUACCGACUUGGCCGAGGAGACUACCGAUGAUAUACUGUCUGGCAGGUUUCGGCCGCCCAAGUCAAUCGAGUAUCGUCCUCCAGUUGCUGCCGGUGGCCGGAUGCACGGUAACGGCAGAUCGGUCAGCGCCCAUGAAUCGCGCACCCCCUCGUACCCGAGUCCGAGGAGGAGGGAUAGUCAGGGAUUGAAGCCACAGUUCGAGGGCUUGGUUAGAGACCCGGGAAACUCGCUGCACAUGAUAUACCACCCUACGAUUUCCGCAGACCACACGCCGGCCGAGAUAGAGCGACUGAACGCGCGGAUAUCCCGUAUCAACAAGUUCAAGAAGAUCCUCCAAGCCAGCACAGUCGACUUACCGGAGCUCCGCAAACUCUCAUGGAACGGCAUCCCCGAGGAACUACGGCCGAUGGCAUGGCAGCUGCUACUCGGAUACCUUCCCACGAACGCUGACAGACGUGUAAGUGCACUAGAACGCAAGAGAAAGGAGUUCACGGAUGGCGUGAAACAAGCAUUCUCCCGAGGAACGGAGUCUCUCGAUCAGACUAUAUGGCACCAGAUAUCGAUUGACGUUCCGAGGACAAAUCCCAAGCUCCCGCUAUAUGGAUUUGAGGGUACGCAGAGGUCAUUGGAACGGAUUCUGUACGUUUGGGCCAUCAGACAUCCCGCAAGUGGGUACGUGCAAGGUAUCAACGACUUGGUGACGCCGUUCUUCCAGGUGUUUCUGUCGUCCUACAUAGACGGCGACGUGGAAACGUUCGAUCCGGGCACCCUCCCAAAAGACGUCUUGGACGUUGUCGAAGCCGACUCGUUCUGGUGCCUAACCAAGCUUCUAGACGGAAUCCAGGACAACUACAUCCAUACGCAGCCGGGCAUCCAACGACAGGUGUCUGCACUCCGCGAGCUGGUAUCGAGGAUUGACGUGGGGCUCGCAGCACAUCUGGCCGACAAGGGCGUCGAGUUCAUACAGUUCAGCUUCCGUUGGAUGAACUGUAUGCUCAUGAGAGAGCUCAGUGUUAAGAACACGAUACGGAUGUGGGAUACGUACAUGGCCGAAGGACCGUCCGGGUUUUCGGAGUUCCAUCUUUAUGUGUGCGCCGCGUUCUUGGUACACUGGUCGGAGCCACUGCAAAAGAGAGACUUCCAGGAAACGAUGAUGUAUUUACAGGCACCCCCAACACAGGAUUGGGGCGAGAAGGAGAUGGAGAUUCUCCUUAGUGAGGCUUUCCUUUGGAAGAGUCUGUUCCACAAUUCAGGGGCGCACCUCCGGCAGAACGCCGCGCCGCCUGGUGUACCGAACAUCAAUCUAUAGCUUUUACCCACCUAAUUACCACCCAUC